CUAAAAAAUCGAAGCAAAAAGAAUAGGCUUGACAGGAUACAAAAACAAUGUGACAUAAUAAUUCUUUAAAAAAAACAUAAACAACAUUUUACCGUAACAGCUCCAUUUCUUCGGCAAUCACAUUCAAAAAUGAUAACUAAAUACGAUAUCAAGCAACUGAUAAGCAGAGUAAUACUUGAUAGCAGAACUGUAUUUUACCAUUUACUAACAAAGACCAUCAGUGAACAAGUAUUUGCUAAAUCUAUUGUCCCAGUUUCGUUUUUAGCUGAUAUUUUAAGAGGAGACCUCGCCCAACGACGACAUUCGGGAUCACGAACAAUGUCAUUUCUGACAUUCACAGACGUUUUCGGAUACGUUUUCGGAGCCAUACUCGCAAUCAUACUCGGAUAUGUAUUCAAAAUUAUCGUGUACAGUUCAGCCUCGAAAAAAGUGCAUGUUGCGAAUGGAAGCAAUGAACGCGUUCAAGUGAGAACCAGAGACAAUAUGGAAAAUCGACAGGAGACCCUUGCAACUCUGCUACCCGGAGAAUUCAACAGACACAGAUCAACCGGAUGGACGAAUGACGCUAGUUUAACAGUCUGUGUUUCCGUGAGAUUCGAAGACAACACUGAAGAGUCGAUUAACACACAGAACAAUCGAAAUAUAAUCAUUAUGGCGGACAAAGGGCUCAUCGAGGCAAAAUACGAACCGUGGUACGAAGCAGCUCUAUAUUUUAGACGGGGUGAUUCAAGCAUUUGGCGGGAUAAGUGGAAUAUCUGUCACAAGCCCGGAUGUGGGGCACCAACUUGUAUGUGUUAAAUUGUAAUUCAAAGCCUGCAAUUAUUCAGAGUGAAUAGAGCAUAGUGAAUAGAAAAUUCGGGAAACUAAAAAAUAAACGGCGUUCAUUUUGUGUGUGUUGUA